GUUGGAGAUAAGGGUUGGAAAUCCAAAGUUUUACACUGAGCAAAAAUUGGGGGAAAGGAGGAGUUUUAAGGUCUCUAAAAUUACCUACUGACCGAACUGACCUCCCCCCACAAACUGACUAGCAGAUGUGCGGAGUCAAGUCCUCGGUUUAAUCAUAUUAGUGAAGAUUAUAAAGGAGCUUUAAAGCCUCAAGGCUAAUGUUCAGUGCUAGAAUUGUUCAGAAAGCAUUUGUGAGAAGUUGGUUAACACACAAAGAAAGAAACCGUUCACUCACAGGCAAAAGAUGCCUGUGAUCAAUAUUGAAGAUCUAACAGAAAAGGACAAAUUGAAGAUGGAAGUUGACCAGCUCAAGAAAGAAGUGACACUGGAAAGAAUGCUGGUAUCCAAGUGUUGUGAAGAAGUGAGGGAUUAUGUUGAAGAAAGAUCUGGUGAGGACCCACUAGUAAAGGGUAUCCCAGAGGACAAAAACCCCUUCAAGGAGCUCAAAGGAGGCUGUGUGAUUUCAUAAAAUGAAUGAGGAAGCCUAUUCUGUUGAUUCAUGGAAGACCUAUCCUGGCAGAAUAUGUGCUACAAAGGUUUUUGUUGUUGAUGUUUUAUUUUCUGUUUCUCUUUCUCCCUCAACCCCCAGUCAGCGGUGAUGGUUUUAACAUAACCUCUUUCUACAUUCUUGCCAGUUCUACUCGUCACCAAUACAGUGACUUUUUCCCAGAACGCCAACUGGAUUAUGGGUUCAGUGUAUAGUCACAGUGGAUUUAUCCAGCACCAGAAUGAAAGUUAUGAGGAUCCAAAGAGUUCUGGCUCUGGCACUUGACUACCUGAUUGGAAAAAGUACUUCAUCUUUCUAAAUCUGUUUCUUUUGCUGUAGGAUAAGGAUAAUAAAAGUUCUAUCCCCUUUUUCAGGGGUUUAAAUAUUAUACUAGGGAGACUAUAGCACUUGGCAUAUUGCCUGACACAUAGUAAGACCCAGUACGUGUUAAUUAGUAUUACUGCUGGAAAGGGAACUAGACAAACUAGGCAAACUACCCAGAAUCCUUUAAUAAGAUACAUGCUAUUCCAUCCCCAUGAUGACUCACCAGUUCAGUCCUUUUUUCUGUAACAGUGCAAAGUCAAGAUACAAGAAUAGCUAUCAUUUGCAUCAUCUUUCUAAUCCCUUUCCUCUUGGCAUCUUAUUGAGUUUGCAUAAGCCAAAUUUUACUACCUUUGUGCUAAUGACUAAGAGAUAAUCUUGUGUCUGCUUCUGUAACAAAAGACAAGUGUUAAUGACCCCAGGAGGAAACUGUUUUUGUUGUUAGUGUUUCCUUGUUGCUCUCCCACAUUUACAGUGAUAUUUUUAGAUGCAUUAGUGAUCAGAAAUGCUAAUUCAUUGUAAUCCUCUUAACAACAAGAUAAGAAUUAUCUAUUAUUUGGUCUGGAAGGGAAUCUAAAGGGCUCCCCAUGUUUGGCUGUGCACUAUGUCCUCCACUCUGGCCACAGCAAAUGCCCCACAAAGAUCUAUUGAGUCCUGCCUAACCCCUUCAUUUUGGAAUGGAGAAAAACCAAGGCUCAGAGAAGUGAAUUGGCAAAUUUCUCAGGUCCAGACUCUGGGUCUCUGGCUGAAUGGUUAGCCACACACUCUACCACAUAUCAAACAUGUUUUGGGUAUUAAGGCAUUCCAGGAUACAAUACUACAGUCUCUUAGUUCUUUUUCCUCAGGAGAAGCUCUUUUCCCCUUGUUUAAAAUUACAAAAUCCCUCUCCCACCACCUCCAGCACUUCUAUCUCCCUUUAUUUUCCUUCAGAGCACCUUUCACCAUGUAGCAUACUAUAGAUUUUAUUUCUUUGUUUGUUUAAUUGUGGUCUGUCUCUAGGGGUUUUCCAUGGGCAAAUUAGUGUUUAUUAAAAUGUUCUAUAUAUCUUUUUUUCUGAUGAAAGAAAGUACAGAGUCUUGGCUAUGGAAUUUAGGUAACAUGUACAGUCCAAACCAGCAUCUCUAGCUUUCAUCUAACAACUGGAAAUAGACUUUGGAGUCAGUCAAUUCUAAAUUAAAAUCUUAUCUCAUCCACUUUUUUUUUAAAGAUUUUAUUGGGGAAUUGGGGGAGGGGAACAGUGUUGGGGAAUCUGGGGAAGGGGAACA